UGUUCAAUAUUCGUGUGUGAAGUGAAUAAACGUGAAGUAAAAAAAUAUGUCUGGCCGUGGCAAGGGUGGAAAAGUGAAGGGAAAGGCAAAGUCCCGAUCGAAUCGUGCUGGUCUUCAGUUUCCCGUUGGACGUAUUCACCGUCUGCUCCGCAAAGGCAACUAUGCUGAACGCGUUGGUGCCGGCGCUCCUGUUUAUCUGGCUGCCGUUAUGGAAUACCUGGCAGCUGAAGUUCUCGAGUUAGCUGGCAAUGCUGCCCGUGACAACAAGAAGACUAGGAUCAUUCCCCGUCAUCUGCAGUUGGCCAUUCGCAAUGACGAGGAGUUGAACAAGCUGCUCUCUGGUGUCACCAUUGCUCAGGGUGGCGUUCUGCCCAACAUCCAGGCUGUCCUGUUGCCAAAGAAGACCGAGAAGAAGGCUUAAAGAUUUAAUUGCGGUCCUGUAUCUUACCUGCUUGUACAUAAACUCAUAUAUAAUCCCAAACGUCCUUUUCAGGACGACCAAACCAUUUA